GAGAGAUCGCAGGAGACACAUCCUUCUCCCUUUACCUCUGGCCGCCGCCGCUCUCGUUCAUCAACAAACUCGCCGCCGCUUUGCUCCGCGCCUCCGCCGCUCCGCCCCUCCCUCCCCUCCUGCAGCUCUGCCUCUUCCGCAUCCUGUUCUGGCGCCCUCCCCUCUCUCAGCCGGAUCAAUCUUUCUCCGGCAGAUUGGACGGCACGGCGCCACCCCCAAAUCCGCCGCUCCGUUUCCAGGGGUUUGCGGAGGUUGCGGAGAAGAAGCAGUCAAAUCCUGCAAUGAACCAAGAGAACGUUCCUGGUAACACGUGGCAAAAUCUUGCUGCCACAGCCGUAGCGAUGAGCGGCGCCGCCGAGCAAGGCAGUGGCAACUCCGUCUGGCCGCCCCAUAACCUGCCUGCACCAAUGCUGACCGGAAGGCCACUACCUCAUACGCCCACUCUAGUUCCUGCCCUGCCCGGCAUCGCAGGAGAUUCUGAAGAUGAUGUUUCUAUUGAGCUUGCUCCAAGGGAUUUCUUGUCACUUGGAAGGGACUCGGAUGUUGCUGCCAAUGACAGGGCCAUAGAUCCUUCGACAGUACUAGCAGUUUCAGUUAAUUGCAGUUCUGAACACACACCAAUACAUCUUCAGCCAAAUGGUUUAGAUGCAGAAGCACUAUUCCAAGUAGAUGAUAGCCAACAAUCAUCAUCAUCAGCAGCAGAUCUCUCUGAUAGGCACAGUAAAUUACAAUCAGCUAUUCCUUCAAAUACUAAUAAUGAAUUGGCUUCACUGCUUGCUGAAGGUGUAACUGAUCAGAACAUGCAAACGUAUCAGCAGACACGAGAAAAGCUCAAGACCCAAAGCCAACUGAACGAUCACACACCUCUGUCAGCAGCAGCAGCUGCUGCAUUCAAGGAAAAUGAGGAGGCCCCUGCAGGAAAACUGAAGCCCCGGAGGAAGAAACAUAGAGCCAAGGUAAUACGCGAAGACAAGCAAAUCAAGAAGCAAAAGCCUGCUGUUACAACACCAGAAGGAAAACCACCAAAUCAGAAAGCCAAGAGAAGUUAUGUUCGGAAGAAAAGGAAUCUCAGCUCUCUGGAGAAUUGCUCGGGACCUGUUAGCGACCAAUCAGUCUCUAGGGGAGCAGAAGAUGCUGCUAGAAGCAGAGCUGCAUCAGUCCGAAGAAGGUUGCAGUCCGAACUUUGUGAACAGGGAGUGCUGAGAGGCAAAUCAUUAGCUGGCAACUCAUGCCACCACGUUGAGGAAAUACUCAUUCAUGCUAAAAGCUCUUUCUGUUCAACCGCCACUGUAUCAACUGCGCAGGGUGCACAUGGACUGCAUCUGGACAUGGAAAAUUCACCAGGAGGAUUAGCUUUUGGCAUGAUUUGCGAGAUGAACAAAUUGUUAGAUGAGUACAUACAUUUGCCAGAGAUGGCAAUAAACUGUACACAAGAAGUUUCACCUGCAACUUCUGGAUGUUUUAGCAGAGAGCCACCAAGAAAACAAGACAGUGUAGGAAGCACUCAUAGUCUUGAUGCCACAAGGAUUGGGGUUACCAUACUGGAAGGGAACAACAAGGACUUGGAGGUGAACGACUCUAAGAAAGCUGGUUUUUCUAUGCGUCGCUCAGCUACGUCUGUACGUGAAACAACAUCCACAGAAUUUCAGAUGACUAAGGUGUCGAGAGUGGAGAAAAAGAAGGAUCAACAACGUAGAGAGAGCAAGUCCCCUCUAGCCGGCUCACGGGACUCGAUCAUCUUAAGGACUGCCGCUCAGAUGCUAGGAUUUUGUCAAGCUGGUGGGAUAAAAAAGAAGCGAACGGUCCGAGUCCGCAGGAUUUCGUAUGUUCCUAUAAUGAAUGUUGAGAUGAAUAGGGCAAAAGUAUCGCCACGAUUAUCAUCUCAGUCAUGCCUGGAGGCCCUGUAUGGAAGACCCAGUUUUAAACCUUUUACCAAGAAACGUUCACGAAGGGUACGAUGUCAUUACCGCAGAUCAGAGGGAAAUUUUCAGCCUCCGAAUAAUAAAAAUUUCUACCAUGAUAUUUAUUAUGAAGCAACAGGAAAAAGGUCACACAACUCACGAUAUACAUCAACUACAUAUAUGGAUUUCCUUCAAGGAGUUGCAUCAGGGCUGAAAUAUCUUGAUUUGAACACCGAGCCUGUACAUACAAAUGAGAUGUAUCCAUCCUUGACCACAUCCGCUGUUGUCCCUUAUGGAGAAACAGGUAGUCUAUCAAAUUCUCUUGUACCAUUUGAUAGUCAGAUGAUCUUCCCAUAUGAGUGGCCGUUGGAUUUAGUCAAGAAGCAGCGCCCUCGAGCUAAAGUUGACUUGGAUUUUGAGACAACUAGAGUUUGGAACCUCUUGAUGGGGAAAGCAACUGAUGAGCCUGUAGAUGGGAAUGAUGUUGAGAAAGAGAGAUGGUGGCAACAAGAAAGAAAAGUUUUUCAAGGCCGUGCUAAUUCAUUUGUAGAAUGCAUGCGACUAGUUCAAGGCGACAGGCACUUUUCUCCAUGGAAAGGAUCAGUAGUUGACUCCGUAGUAGGGGUUUUCCUCACUCAGAAUGUGUCUGACCAUCUUUCCAGCUCUGCGUAUAUGUCACUUGCUGCAAAUUUUCCUCCAAGGACAGUUAAUAGAAAUUGUAAGGAUGAUAUUAUCAGUCAAGACGAUGAGGAAAUAGUUAGCACGGUUGCAGUAGGAGGGGUAAGAAUCUUUGACUUUUUUGACAACGGUGCAAGACCAGAUCUACGAGAGAACUUUGAGCUGUCAAUAACCAAUGAGAAGAUACAUGUAGAAACAAAGAACAAUGCUAGUGCUUAUGAGUUGACUAAAGGUGAAAAUUAUUCCUUCAACUCCAAAGAAGCAAAUGCAGAUUUAUGCGACCACCAAGAGGCAGAAGUUGAUCCCAAAGCACAACAAUUUCCAGAUUUCUCCAUCGAAUUAAUAACAUCAGAAAAAAGCUCACGAGCGAUACAGUUCCAGAAGGAUAUGCCAUCUUCUAAAAGUGUUAUAAUUUCGGAAACUAUUCUUCAGUCAGAAUUAUCGAGUUCUGGGGAUAAUCCUUCACAUAACAGUUCUGUUGGUAGUGUCGGUGGUGCAGCUUCUCAGCAGCUGGGAAGCAAUUUCGAUUCAUUAGCAGGAAAUGAUGCCUCAACCAAGGAACUUGAAUGCCAAAGAAUCAAAACAACAACAGUAAAUGAUGAUGGUGCAAGUCAGCAUGGAAUUCCCUCUACUUUUGAAGCAUCAGAUUUCCAGGAGCAUGAAUCACUCUCUAUCACUGGUGGAACGAUAGCAGAAACAGCAAACACGGUGGAUGAAUCUACUGUCAAAUCUGGUUUUCCUUUCUAUAAUGGAGGACCAGAUAAAGAAGCAAGACCAAAGAAAACAAGAACCACAAGGAAAGAAAAAACUGAAAACUUCGAUUGGGAUAAACUUCGAAGACAGGCUUGUGCUGAUGGCCACAUGAAAGAAAGAAAGUCUGAAAGAAGAGACUCUGUUGAUUGGGAAGCAGUACGGUGUGCAGAUGUACGAGCAAUUUCUAGCGCCAUCCGGGGACGAGGAAUAAACAAUGUUUUGGCAGAGCGAAUCCAGGAGUUCCUGAAUCGAAUGGUCAGAGAUCAUGGAACCAUUGAUCUGGAGUGGUUAAGAGAUACCCCCCCUGACUCAGCAAAGGAUUAUUUGCUUAGCAUACGUGGACUGGGGCUCAAAAGUGUUGAAUGUGUUCGUCUACUGACAUUACAUCAACUCGCAUUCCCUGUUGACACCAAUGUUGGCCGCAUAUGUGUAAGACUGGGAUGGGUUCCUAUUCAACCCCUUCCUGAAUCUCUACAACUACAUCUCCUCGAGCUAUAUCCUGUCUUGGAGACUGUACAAAAGUACCUUUGGCCUCGUCUAUGUAAACUUGAUCAAAAAACACUGUACGAGCUACAUUAUCAUAUGAUCACUUUUGGAAAGGUGUUCUGUACUAAAACAAAGCCAAAUUGCAAUGCUUGUCCAAUGAGAGGUGAUUGUAGGCAUUUCGCAAGUGCCUUCGCGAGUGCACGGCUUGCACUUCCUGCACCUCAGGAGAAAAGCUUGGUGAAUCCGAGCAAUCAAUUCAGUUUUCAGAGCGGUAGCAUGCCCACUCCGAACUCAACUGUGCUUCCUCAGCUUGAGGAAAGUACCCGUGGAAAGGUUUUUCACACUAACAAUUCAGAGCCGAUUAUUGAGGAGCCAACAAGUCCAGCACGGGAAGAACUUCCAGAAACUUGGGAAAAUGACAUUGAAGAUUAUGAUCCAGAUGAAAUCCCACUAAUUAAGCUUAACAUGGAAGCUUUUGCUCACAACUUGGAAAAUUGUAUUAAAGAAAGCAAUAUGGAUCUCCAGUCUGAUGAUAUCGAGAAAGCACUUGUUGCUAUUAGCACUGAAGCAGCUUCAAUUCCUGUCCCUAAACUAAAGAACGUGAGCAGGCUUCGGACAGAACACUAUGUUUACGAGAUUCCAGAUUCACACUCCCUUGUGCAACAGCUUGGACUCCAUCAACGGGAAGACGGCGAUCCAAGCCCUUACCUAUUGACCAUAUGGAUGCAAGAUGACAUAAAUGCAAUGAUCAAGGCCCCCAAACCAUGUUCUGACUUUCGAAGGGAAGAUGGAUUUUGUAAUAAUGAGAAGUGUCAGCACUGUGUGCUUGAGCGGGAAAACCAAUCUAGAUAUGUCAGAGCCACGAUUCUGGUUCCAUGUCGAACAGGUACGAAGGGUACUUUCCCACUGAACGGCACUUAUUUUCAAGUUAAUGAGGUAUUUGCUGACCAUAAAUCUAGCUAUGAUCCCAUAUACGUUGUAAGGAAGGACUUAUGGCCCUUGGAAAGACGUAUGGUCUACUUUGGGACUUCGGUGUCUUCUAUAUUCAAAGGUCUAACAACUGAAGAAAUACAGCAGUGCUUCUGGAAAGGAUUUGUGUGCGUGCGGGGAUUCGAGAGGGAAACCGGGGCACCAAGGCCCCUAUGCCAACAUCUGCACGUCGUGGCAAGCAAAGUGCCCAGACGACGCAACACAACAGCAGCAGCAGCAGCAGAGCAGAAGUCGGAUUCAGCAAAGGCAUCAGCUUCAUAAGUAUCAUAACCCCGGUAGUUCUCGAUCUGCGCAUGGGCCGUAUUAGUUAAUUCCUGUCGGAUGAACCAUGCUGGACAUGCUGGACGGUCAGGUGAUGGGUGUGACACCCAUGCCGAAUCUUCAACAAUGUCAUCAAGCUGCUGGAAGGUAUUAGCCUAUGCGAAGUAGUAGAUCAUAACCCGAAAAGCUCCUUUGGUGCACGGCGUCCAUUGAUUGUCAAGUAUUAGAACGAUGUCCAGCCACGGCAACGCAGACGGAGAGCCACCCCCCAAGAUGUAACGAGCCCAAUAUCUGGCAGAGAAGAAGAAUCUGUCAGGAUCACGCUAGCAGAUGCAACUCUUACUUCUCACAUAUCUAUUCAGAAGUUUUGUUGUGUGGUAUCCCAGUUUAGUAACUUCAAGCGCCGUCUUGUUUCUGAAACAGGUUUCGGAGGGCUGAUGCAUUUAAAAAUUACACACAAACUGAAUUUGAAAUUCAGCUCUUCAUUGAUUGUCAGAGUAGAUCCAGAACAAUGAUUAUUAGAAUUGGAUCAAUCAAAGAAAAUUCCAAUCACAGACCAAGAAGUAAACGAUGCAUUUAAAAAUUCAGCUCUCCAUUGAUGGUUUCGGAGGGCUGAUGCAUUUAAAAAUUACACACAAACUGAAUUUGAAAUUCAGCUCUUCAUUGAUGGUCAGAGUAGAUCCAGAACAAUGCUUAUUAGAAUUGGAUCAAUCAAAGAAAAUUCCAAUCACAGACCAAGAAGUAAACGAUGCAUUUGGUUUGCCCCAAGGAAGUAGGGUCAUUCCUCCAGGACAUUCAGAUCUUUCUGAAGUUUGCAUAGAGUUCAGCAGAUUGGCUUCAAGCAUUAGUAUCAAAGGCGUGCAUAGUUUGAAGGCCGCUGAAUUUAUUUUAUCAAAGAAUCUAGAUGAGAAUUCAAGCAAAGUGGAAUGUGACUGCUUUAAGAUAGCAUUUGUAAUCUUCUCAUUUGGCCAUGUCCUGAACCCAUGCGCCAAGCACGAUUAUACUAGUGUUGAUUACAGGGCAGCACUUGUUGUCCCGUCAGAGAUUAAUUCGUACAACUGGUGUAGGUUAGUCACAGAAAGUUUGAUGAAAGGCGUCAGAAAGAUCAAAUCCGAUAUCGCCAAUGGCAACAUCACAAUUCACAUAGUUGGAUGUCACCUUCUCCUCCAGGUAAUUGCUUUGGACAAGAUCGAAAAAUCAAGCGGGCACAUUGCACAGAAUAUCCUCCCCCAUGUCAAAGUUUUCGAUCACGAAUCAGUAAAGAAGGCAAUUGACUCAAUUACAUCCCACGAAGGACAAGAAGUUUUUUUGCUGGCACAGAUUGUGAUCUGAAGGAGGUUGUUCAUUCAGAGAAUAUUAUAUCGAAUAUAAAAGUUCACCAUCCCAACCAUGUCACAAACAAGAUAUGUGACCCUUCAUCUUCAAAGGUCCCCCUUCGUGCUGCUAGUAAGAUUAAUUAAGCCACGAAGCACUAUUGGCCCUGUAGAGUUUGCCAACAUAAUGAGACGCAAGUACCCAAACAUGGCAAAUGACCUCGUUGGAAUCAUUCUGAAGGAGCACAAUGCCAGGCUUAUGGCAAACAUCUCCGAGAUACGGCACACCACCCAAAUUGGGAUGCUAAAAUUUCUCGACGAGCUAGGGGCAUGUUUGUCCAGCAGAUGCAUAUGUUGCCAACUUGCCGGUCUUACGACAUGCCGUUUGGUAGAUACCAACACAGCAGGACAAAUAAUUGUCAAUGACCGGCUGGGACAACAGCACGAUCUUUCCGACAGCGAAGGCAGCUCCACUGGGCAUGUACAUCAAGCUCGGAAAAAGGGUAUAUGUACAGAGCAGUGAUAACAUUAUGGACGACACGCACAUCGGCCAAAACAAGAAGCACUAUUAUAACCAACAAGGCACUUAUGUUCAUGACGGCAACCACGACAAUCCAUCCACUCCAGAAAGGGGCAUCGACUCAUCCGCUGACCUAACGAGCCUUGUUUUCUAUCAUGAUGGUCUUUUUUCCAGUAUCGUACUCGCUUACCAAGAUUGCACGGGAGUUUCUUUCUCACAGUUAACAGACACGACCCCACCCGCCAGACAUUUAUCUUGAAAAUCAUUUGUGUCAGACCCAUGGUCUUCGACUCCACCGUCACACACCCCACUGGCUGAUUCAAGCAAAAUCUUUGCAUUCUGCAUCUCUAAUGAUCAGCCUGACAGCAUGUCUAGGACAUGGAUCGAGCACCCCACGCCCAGGCUGUUGUUAGUGCAGGGGUAUAUUUUAUGUGACUAGAUCAUCGGAAAAGAUGCAAUAAGCCAUGAAUGCUUGACUCCCAUUGUUCGUCGAUUAGCACAAAUCCAACACACCAAUUCGAAAGAUGGAGAUUUUGCAAUUUGGUGAAAGUUCGUCGAGCCAGACUUUACGACACUUGCCAUCCGCAACAUAGACCCAACGUUCGCCGUCUUAGUCCAAACAGAACUCCUAAUGGAGAAAUACAUCGACCAGUGCCGAAUGUUCAUUUUCCACACCCCUCUGCAUUAUGGAUGGUGCUGUUAUAUUUUAGAUAUGCUGAGGAAGAGGAUUGUUGUUCUAGAUCCGCAAGCAGGCCCAUUUGGAUUUACAUCCGACAGAGUCAAAUUCCAUGAACAAAUCAGUCAUGCUAUCCAUGGGGCAUUCUUCAAAUGUGUGCAAACUUUAUUCUCAAGUUGGCCAUGCACUUCUGAUGGAUGGACCAGAGAGUUUCCUACUUUGAUGAUAGAAAAAAUUGCAAGUGAGGAGUCCGCCAUCUAUUCGUUAUUCAUGGCAAGGCACUAUGAGGCGAGACACUACGGAACCCGACCACGAAGGAAAACAUAUGUGCCUAUCGCCGAGCCAUCCUCCAAGACGUUCUGAAGCUUGAGGACAGCAAAUCGGACACACCGUACAAGGCAAUGCAGCACAUCAGAGCAACUGUAAACAAUUUGUAGUUUGGUAGACAUCUUCAGAAACCAGAUGAGAAAUGUACCCCCCUAGUCGGCUCAAUAGUUUAUCAAGUCAGAUAGCAGGAGUUUGGUUUGCACAAACAUCCUUAUGUACUGUACCGUAGCAAUUAGUAUCCAGACCAAUAUAAUCUACAGUUUUGCUAAAGCACAUCUAGAUGUGUCAUAAGUAUUGCACAUCUAAGUUCUAUGUCAUUGAUCUUACGUUGA